AUGCUGGAGCAGGCGCUGGUGCAAUACGCACUUGGGGUGGCACGCCGGCGCGGAUGGAAGGCCGUUGCGCCGCCGUCGCUCGUGUACUCGUACAUUGCCGAGGCCUGUGGAUUCCAGCCGCGCGACCAGCACAACGAGCAGCAAAUCUGGGCUAUCGAACAGUCUGACCGCGACCGCGACGUCAAGCCGCCCCGCUCACUGACCGGCACCGCUGAGAUCCCGCUCGCCGCCAUGUACGCGGGGCGCGACCUGCGUGCCGCCGACCUGCCCAUCAAGCUGGUUGGCGCGAGCCGCUGCUACCGCGCGGAGGCGGGCUCGCGCGGCGUGGACACCAAGGGCUUGUACCGCGUGCACGAGUUCACCAAGGUCGAGCUGUUCGGCUGGGCAGAUACGCUCGAGACAGGCGAGGCAUCGUCCUCGGACGCCCUGUUUGCCGAGCUGCUCGAUAUCCAGACUGAGAUCUUGACGGCGCUGCAUCUCCCCUGCCGCGUGCUGGAAAUGCCCACAGGCGAUCUGGGUGCCAGCGCCACACGCAAGCGCGACAUUGAGGCGCUGUUCCCCUCGCGGUUCCGUCCGGCGGGCGCGGCGCCGCCCGUCGUCGUUGACCCCAUGGCGCAUGCGCUCGAGUCGGCGUGGGGGGAGGUCACGUCGGCGUCGAUCUGUACGGAUUAUCAGAGCCGGCGGCUGGCGACCCGGGUGCGCGGCGGGUCGCCGAAGGAGUCGCGGUUCCCGCAUACCGUGAACGGCACAGCGAUGGCGGUGCCACGGGUACUUGCGGCGAUUCUGGAGAAUGGCUGGGAUACCGAGCGUGGUGUGGUCAUUGUGCCGGAGGUCCUGCGGCCGUGGAUGGAUGGUAUGGAGACGAUUGGUCGCCAGGACUCAGUGUAG